AUGGAAGAAGCGGCGGAGGAGCGAGCGGCCGCGCCGGUCGCCGCCGAGUUCGAGGAUGCGGCGGAGAACGGGACGGAGGGGGAGGAGGGAGGCUCUGCUCCCGCGGCAGAGGAGGACGCUGCUGCUGCGGCGGCAGCGUACUCGUGGCCUGAGCUCCGCUUCGAUCUCCCGCCGCGCCGCCGGUACCACUUCGCCGACCAGUUCCGCUCCCCUUGCUCCUCCUCCUCCGCCGGUAACUUCCUCAAGGGCGUCAAGUGGUCGCCCGACGGCUCCUCCUUCCUCACCAGCUCCGACGACAACUCCCUCCGCAUGUUCUACCUGCCGGAGGACGCGUACAGUGCUGCGGCGGAGCACACCGCAGAGGCCGCCGUCGGAGGCCAAGACUCCUAUGGCGCAAGCCUCCAGGUGAACGAGGGCGAGCCCGUGUACGACUUCUGCUGGUACCCCUACAUGUCCGUGUCUGAUCCAGCCACCUGUGUGUUUGCUAGCACCAGUCGCGAUCAUCCGAUACACCUCUGGGACGCCACCACCGGCGAGCUUCGAUGCACUUACAGAGCAUACGACGCCAUGGAUGAGAUAACGGCUGCACUUUCAAUAUCGUUUAAUUCUACAGGAUCCAAGCUUUUUGCUGGAUACAACAAAGCAAUCAGAGUGUUUGAUGUUCAUCGGCCUGGUAGAGAUUUUGAGCAAUACUCUUUGCUUAAAGGGGGUGAAGGGCCAACUGGUAUAAUAUCUUCAAUCUCGUUCUCUCCUCAAAAUGGGAUGCUCGCAGUUGGCUCGUAUAGCCAGACAACAGCUGUUUAUGCGGAGGGUAACAUGGAGCCAUUAUAUGUUCUACAUGGCCAGCUUGGGGGUGUUACACAGGUGCUUUUUUCGAAAGAUGGAAAUUAUUUAUAUACUGGAGGGCGGAAGGAUCCAUACAUAUUAUGUUGGGAUAUUCGGAACACCGUGGACAUUGUUUACAAGUUGUACAGAUCGUGUGAUACUACCAAUCAAAGAGUACAAUUUGAUAUUGAGCCCUGUGGCAAGCAUCUUGCCACUGGUGGGCAGGACGGCAUGGUCCAUAUUUACGACCUUCAAGGUGGCCAAUGGGUGACAGGCUUCCAAGCAGCUGCUGAUACUGUCAACGGUUUCUCCUUCCAUCCAUACCUUCCUCUUGCUACAACAUCGUCUGGGCACAGAAGAUUUGGUAUGGAAGAUGAAUUUGAAGAGGAAUCGAGUUUGGCAGGUGUGAUGAGAACUGCUGCUCUGUCUGGAAGUUUUCUUGCUCACAAGAAUCUUGAAACAUCAAACCCUGAGCUGUGGAGGGACAGUUGA